AUGGACAACCUCAAACUCUGCUUCCUCUCUAGCAAGGAUUCCUCUGCUGUCGACAGCUCAUCCCCCAGUUUCGACAUGUUUGGCUCCCGAAGAUUCCAAAUCUCAGGUCACUGUAAUGGGAUACUGUGUUUGUCAGUAGGUUACAGGACAAAGACAAAGAUUGUUUUGUAUAACCCAGCAACCAGACAAUUCAAAUGUCUUCCCAACUCGGUCAUCCAGGACCAUUCUUCAUUUACUAUAUCUGUGGGAAUGGGUUAUGAUUCUCGGAUCGAUGAUUACAAGGUUGUAAGGAUAAACUCGAUGGGUAUUGCAUAUGGUGUGGAGGAGUAUUCUCUAAGCACUGAUUCAUGGACACCACUGUGCAAGAGCAAUGCUAGUGAUUUUCGUUUCGGUCGUUUCGCUUUGUUCUUUAGAGGGACUUAUUAUUGGUGGGCUUCGAGGCGUUGGGAGUAUUCGUCGACGACAAUGAUCUUAGGAUUGAACAUGGGAGACGAGGUUUUCCGCACAGUGUCAGUGCCACGAGAAGUUGCAUGCAGCAAAUCUGGUGAUCGUAAUAAACUGCUAGCAUUGUGGAAGAAUGAAUCGAUAUGUUUGAUUUACAGUUAUGGUCCUGAACGUAGUCCGAGCUUGCCGAUGAUUGACAUGUGGGUGAUGGAUGGAUUUGGUGGUGAUCAGGUUUCAUGGACCAAGAUGCACAAAAUAACUACAAAUUUUCCCUUUCUAGUCGGCGUUCAACCCUUGGUUUUCUGGAAGGGUAAUGAGCUUCUUUUGGAAACUUUUUUCGGAGAGAUUAAGACUUAUAACGUUGACACUGGAGAGAUUACGAGUAUCAAGGUAGAGGGUCCCAUAGUUCCUGGCAACACUCAAGCUGUAAAUUAUGUGGCCACUCUCGUUUCAAUCAAAGGGGGUAGUUUCCUUCCUUUGACCUGA